AUGAAAUUAUUAAUAUUAUUAAGUUGUUUCAUAACAUCAAUUAUUGCAUUUUCAAAUGUUGCUCCAUUAUAUAUACAAUCAGGUUAUAGAAAUUACCGUUCUAAAUUAAUAAGUAAAUCAAAUUAUGUAUUGAUUCAUGCAAAAGAAUAUAAUCAGGAUAAUGUAAUACUUCAAACAAAUGAUGUUACAAAAGUACCAGAGUCUUUCAAACCAUUAUUCAAUAUUGUAUACAAAAAUAUAGAAGAUGUUAAAUUAGAUCUUUGUCCAACUUACAACAUUGACGAAAUUGAAAAUUUCAAUAUUGAACAAUUCAAAGAUAAAAAUAUAGCAUAUCAAGUCAUACCUGACUUUAAAACUGAAGGAAGUCCAAAAGAAGAUCAAGAAAAAGUUAUAAAUUUAUUUGACAAUGGUGUAGUUGAUAAAAGAGAUGUAGAUGCUAAGAAUGGUACUGGCGUUGAUAACUUAUUUACACAUUAUCAAUUCUUUACUCCUGGUUUGUUUUCAGCAAUUUUAGUUUCCUUAUUCUUAAUAUUUAUAUUAGUUAACGCUUUAUCUUGGCUUACUUCAUUAGAAAUCACUUAUGAAUCAUUUGAAAAACAAGUUGAUUUGGAUAAAAAAUCUGAAUAG